AUGUUUGUUAAUAAGAUAUUCUGGACUCUUGUCUUUGGGCUCCUUUAUAUUCCUUCUUUUGUGUGUUCCUUUACUGACAAUGAAUGUUAUGUAACAAUCAUGGAAGAUUUUUACCAUAAAGGAGAUGUGACUAUUGGUACAUUUUUUCCUCUUCAUAUUUACUACACAGGCAACAAAGUUCCUCACAAAUUUUAUCCAUAUGCUUUCCAGGACUUUCACAUAGAGUAUAAGUUUAAGAACUACAAGUUUGUUUUGGUCCUGUUAUUUGCCAUUGAAGAGAUCAACAAAAACCCUCAUCUUCUACCCAACACAACUCUGGGCUUUGAUCUCUAUAAUGUUGUAUUUACUGAAAAAAUUAUUCUUUUUGGUGCCUUGGUUUGGCUAACAAGGAUGAAAAUACCCCUACCUAACUAUGACUGUGGACAGAAGAGAAAGUCCCCUGCUGCACUUACAGGAACAUCAUGGGCAACAUCUGCUCACAUUGCAACCCUGCUAAACCUCUACAAAAUACCUCAGCUCACUUUUGGACCUUAUGAUUCUACCUUAAAUGAUCCAGGACAGUUUAGUUCUCUUUAUCAGAUGGCCCCCAAGGACACAUCUCUCUCACUUGCCAUAAUCUCUUUAAUGCUUCACUUCAGCUGGUCCUGGGUUGGUCUGAUCAUCCCAGAUGACCACAGAGGGAUUCAGAUUUUGUCAGAAUUCAGAGAAGAUAUGGAAAGUAAUAGCAUCUGCAUAGCUUUUUUGAAACUGAUCCCUGGAACCAUGAAUUCAUUUUCCAACAAAUUAUGGCAAAAUAUGGAAGAGAUUCAGGAAUCAUCAGCAAAUGUGAUAAUUAUUUAUGGGGAUAUUGGUUAUUUACAGGGUUUAAUGAGAUACAUUGGGCAACAGUUAGUGACAUGGAAAGUCUGGGUCUUGAAUUGCCAUUGGGAUGUUGUCAGCCAUAGUGAUUAUUUCAUGGUAGAGUCAUUUCAUGGGAGUUUCAUUUUUUCACACUACCAUGAAGAGAUGAUUGAAUUUACAAAUUUUAUUCAAACAGUUAAUCCCUACAAAUACCCAGAAGACAAUUACCUCCCUAAGUUUUGGGUUUUAUUCUUCAAGUGCUCAUUUUCUGAGCUUGAUUGUCAUCUUUUGGAGAACUGCCAAGUCAAUGCUUCUUUGUUGUUACUGCCCAGACACAUUUUUGACCCAGCCAUGAGUGAAGACGGACACAAUAUAUACAAUGCUGUGUAUGCUAUAGCCUACAGUCUCCAUGAGAUAUUUCUUGAGCAACUACAGACACAAGUGCAUGCCAGUGGAGAGGAAACUGUAUUUUUCCCUUGGCAGCUUUUCCCUUUCUUAAAGAACACCAUACAGAAAAAUCAUAUGAAAGGUCACACAGUAAUGGAUAGGGGAAGAAACUUAGAUUCAAAGUAUGAUAUUCUUAAUUUUUGGAAUUUUCCAAAGGGUCUUGGACUAAAGGUGAAAGUAGGAACCUUUUUCACCCAUGCCUCCCAGGGUCAACAAUUGUCUUUGUCUGAGCAGAUGAUUCAAUGGCCUACAAGGUUUACAAAUAUUCCUCAGUCUGUAUGCAGUGAGGGCUGUAGGCCUGGAUUCAGAAAAGCUGCCCAGGAAGGCAAGGCUGUCUGUUGCUUUGAUUGUACUCCUUGUGCAGACAAUGAAAUUUCAAAUGAGACAGAUAUGGAUCAGUGUGUGAAGUGUCCAGAAAGUCAUUAUGCAAACUCAGAGAAGAACCAUUGCCUCCCGAAGUCUUUGAGCUUUUUGGCCUAUGAAAGCCCUCUGGGGAUGGCACUCACCAUCACAGCACUGUGCUUCUCUGUACUCGCAGCUGUCGUAUUAAUAGUCUUUGUGAAGCACAGAGACACACCCAUUGUCAAGGCCAAUAACCGGUCUCUCAGCUACCUCCUGCUAUUGACUCUCAUCAUCUGUUUUCUCAGUUCCCUGCUCUUCAUUGGUCAACCCAACAGAACCACCUGCAUUUUGCAGCACACAGCAUUUGGAAUUUUGUUCACUGUGGCUCUCUCUACAGUAUUGGCCAAAGCUAUUACAGUGGUUAUUGCAUUCAAGAUCACUGUUCCAGCUAGAAUGAUGAGGUGGUUAAUGGUAACCAAGGCUCCUAAUUUUAUCAUUCCCAUCUGCACACUGAUCCAACUUAUUCUCUGUGGAAUCUGGCUGAUUACUUCUCCACCCUUCAUUGAUCAAGAUGCUCAUGCUGAACAUGGACAUAUAAUCAUUGUGUGCAGAAAGGGUUCAACAGUUGCCUUUCACUGUGUCCUGGGAUACCUCUGCACCUUGGCACUUGGGAGCUACACAAUGGCAUUCUUGUCCAGGAAUCUGCCUGAUACAUUUAAUGAAGCCAAGUUCCUGUUGUUCAGCAUGCAGGUAUUCUUCUGUGUCUGGAUUACCUUCCUUCUUGUCUACCAUAGCACAAAGGGGAAGAUAAUGGUAGCUAUGGAAGUCUUCUCAAUCUUGGCCUCCAGUUCAGCACUUCUUGGCUUGAUCUUUGCCCCCAAGUGCUACAUCAUUUUGAUAAAGCCAGAUAAAAACUCCUGUCUUAACAUCAAGUACAAAAAUCAUUCUUGA